AUCCGGUUCCGUCCGCCGCGCUCCUGGACGUGCAUCGGGCCCGUCUUUCUUUUCACCUGCGCCGGGUUGAAUAAUCCUAGCUGCCAUCCUGGAUCACUCCCCCUCUACCUCGCCACUGCCCUGUUGCUCCAAAGCUGAAUAUGGGGCAAGAGGGGAGAGCCGGAGCGCUGCUGUCCUUGGAGCCUGCAGUGGCGGCAGCAAGCCACAUGGCCACAACUGUGAGCCUUGGUCACUGCGCAGACACCAGGAGAGGGUGACUGACAAUGCGACCAGGACGUUGGGGAAAGGGAGCGCCCCCCCAGGGCCUGUCCCAGAGGGCCUGAUUCGCCUCUACAGCAUGAGGUUCUGCCCCUACGCGCACAGGACGCGCCUGGUCCUCCAGGCCAAAGGCAUCAGACAUGAAGUUAUCAACAUUAACCUGAGAAACAAGCCUGAAUGGUACUUUACAAAGCACCCUUUUGGCAAAAUUCCUGUCCUGGAGAACAGCAAAUGUCAACUGAUCUAUGAAUCUGUCAUUGCUUGUGAAUACCUGGAUGACGCUUAUCCUGGAAGGAAGCUGUAUCCUUGUGACUCUUAUGAGCGAGCUCGCCAAAAGAUGUUAUUGGAGCUAUUCUAUAAGGUCCCACAUUUGACCAAGGAGUGUCUGAUAGCAUUGAGAUGUGGGAGAGAAUGCGCUGAUCUGAAGCUAGCCCUGCGUCAGGAGUUCUGCAACCUGGAAGAGAUUCUUGGCUAUCAGAACACAGUCUUCUUCGGUGGAGACUGUAUAUCCAUGAUUGAUUACCUCUUUUGGCCUUGGUUUGAGCGGCUGGAUGUAUAUGGAAUAGCUGACUGUGUGAACCACACCCCCGCGCUCCGGCUCUGGAUCGCAGCCAUGAAGCAGGACCCCACAGUAUGUGCUCUUCUCAUAGAUAAGAACAUCUUCCUCGGCUUCUUGAAUCUCUAUUUUCAGAACAACCCCGAUGCCUUUGACUAUGGGCUAAGUUGCUGAGCCUUGCAGUCCACCCAUUCGCCACCCAGAAUUCCCAAGCAUGUCGUAAUUCUGCAUCAGCACUUGUUUUGGUGGGGCAGUCAAUCUCUGUUCAUUUUUUUUGAGGUUCCCAAUAAACAUGGAGACAG